AAAGUCUGUUAGAACCAUCUUUUAUGGAUGCGGCACGUCCAAAUUGUUUUUCAGAUUUCGCGAAUUCGUCAAACGUUUCCGUCCAUUUUUACACCGAAAUAGCAUUGCCCUUCAGAACAGUCCAACCUCGUUUCAUCAAUUUCAAGCCGAAUGUGCCAACAUUGGAAGCUUGUGCAAUCUCCUGCCAAGCUGGAUUUGCACACUCGGCUCAAGAUGCUUUCGAUAUGAAAUGCCAGUUCUUCUUUUUCAAUGACACGAAUCUGAAUUGUUAUAUGGGUAACCUGGAAUUUAAGAGCAAUGCAUUACAGUCCACGGACGACUCAUUUAUUACCCUGUUCAUACAAACCGCCAUUUUGGAGGAAAUCAGCAACGGAGAGGAUUUCUCACAUGAACAGUUCAAUCCCUCUUGGAGCUCGUAUAUUUACCGGAAAGCCACACGUUCUGCCACAACAGCGAUCCAAUGUGGAGCACUUUGUAUCUUUGAAACGGGUCCCUGUAACAUUGCCAUAACGGAUGUUUCGACCCAUACAUGCUAUCUAGGGGAUUGGUACAUCAACAGUACAGAAUUUGAAAGCUUCACAAUCAUUGGAGGGGUGAGCCAUCGCAAGCCCCAGCUCGGCGUGGUUUUCGGCGGAAUAAAUGAGUUGUUUGAACCUUCGAAAACAUCGGAUGUGAUUGACGAGUUCAGAACCAUUUGUCAGUACCCAGCAAUUCCUACGAUGCCAAAUCCUGUGAGCUCUCAAGCUGGGUUAUAUUUGAAGUCCAACGAGGAGAUUAUAUACUGUGGGGGCAUUAAGCAACAAACUUUAUUUGAUGAUUGCUACAAAUUAAAGUUGAGAAGUGACAUCCCAAAAUGGGAGUUAUUCAACUCUGAUCAAAUCCCAAGCCUGAAUGUUCAGUUAGCCGAAGUCAACAACAAUUUUUAUGCAAUUGGAGGGUAUAUUAAGCCACAUAUGCUACGCAGAGUAUCUGAAUUCGACAAAAUAACCGAACAAUGGGCUCCCAAAAGUUCGCUUCCAAGGCCUCUAAGUAUGCACUGUGUCGUCGUUUUGAAUGCCGAAAUCUGGAUUAUCGGGGGUCUAUCGGAAAACAUGACUUUGGUCAGACAAACAACCAUAUACAAUCCUGCCACCGAUUCUUUUCGCACACCUGGAAUAACGGGGGAACUCAACGUUGCCCGAUACAACCUCGUUUGUGGCGUAAUUAAAGACCCGAAAACCAACCACGAUUGGGUCCUUGUUAUGGGCGGAAGGGCUCUUGGUUCUUUCGCGUCAAUGAGAACAAUAGAAUAUUUUGACGUCCAGGAGAACCAAGAAUGGAAAAUUCUCACCACUCAGGUUCCCUUCUAUGAGACGAAUGCCACCUUAGCCCUUGGAGGAGGCUCCGGAGGUGGAUUCAUCAAGUUUGGCCCUUCUCGAUACAUGUUGAUCUUGGGUUCGACCACCGACCAAAACAUGUCGAAUUCCAACUUGGUCAUGUGGAACAAGGACAUUGGCCAAUUCCAUCAUAUCAUCAGUGCUAAAUUGCAAAACGAAAGAUACAUGGCCUCGGUUGUUCAAAUUCCACUUCAUACCCGGUGGACUUGUCUACCCAUGGGAAACGAUUGGGUCAAGAUGGUGGAGCAAAACACGGACCACUUUUUCCAGCCCCUGCAACUCACAGGUUAUGCAAACACGGAAGACACCAUCAUAUCUAACUUGGACACAUUGGAACUAUACAAGUCUUGCAAUGACUUUUACCACUUGCGAUUGGUGUGGCCCGAGUUGGGAUAUUUCAACGAAUGGCGACAAAAGAGUAACUUCAUCAAUCCUGGUCCUGUUUUGGAUUACCAAGCCAUUGCUGUGAGGUACCCGAAUUUCUUUGGGGGCCUCAUUCACGUCAACGACAAUGCCCAGCCUGACGGACAUCCUGAUGAUACUUAUUUCAAAGGCGAUACCCGAACUUUUGGAACUUUUGGCCAAUAUGCCGUGGGACGUUAUUCCAAUGGACCGGACAAUCGAAUGCCUGGACCCGUGGGCAAUGAAGGAACUGGAGAUAUUCCCAUCUCCGUGGACAAGCUCAUUCUUUUUGUAAAAAAAGAUUGUUAGUGUGAUGAACUCUGGGACAAUAAGGUUGAGAUAUUGUUAAAAAGAUUUCCAUUUCGAUUCAUAUAGACAUGUCUGUUUCAUCAGAAUUGCAAUGUGACCCUUUCGGUGUUCUGUUCCAAUGUAUUGAAAAAAUAUAGUACGUUAGA